AUGCUUACUGUGAAGCAGCCACCCACGUACGGCUAUAGGUCCGUUCAUGAUUUGCCAACUCCUCCCUCAACAUCUCGACCCUCUCCGCCCCUGAGUCAUUCGGAAGCCGCGUACAAACAUCACCAGGUCGUUUCUCGCAGCCACAGCCCGAGUAACCAAGCAAUGUCGGCACCUCACCGUGGGCUGCCGCCACCAGCGGCCAUGGCGCUUCCGUCCCAGCAACCUCCUCCUCCUCCAUCAGCUGUCGUACAACCUCCUCAGCAUCACGGACAUCAACAACCUCCGCCUCCACCUCCGCCUACUGGCCAAGCCGGUCCCCUAGCCCAGCCGUGGACCUCAUUACCGCCUCCUCCGCAGCAAUGGCACGGAUCUGAGGAAUCCAUGAGAACUUGGUUGCAGGCGAAGACGGAGGAAGAGAAAACCAGGCAGGAGGGUCUUCGGCUGGAGCAACGACGAGUGGAAAUGGAGAUGCUGCGAGAGUCUAUUCGAGGCGGCAUUCCUCCACCCAUGAUACCCUUGGUCUUUGCUGGCAUGGCCGCCGGCGGAACAUUGCCACAAGCAGCAGUGGAAUGGGCCCAGCAGUAUCUCCCGCCCGUGCAUAGCCAGCCGUUGCAGCUUUUGCCACCUCAGAGGCAGCAUUCGCCGGAAUCACACCACAGAGAAGGGAGCUCUCAGGCCCAGUAUCCCGGACCUGGUGCGGCUCCUGCAGCACCUCCCUCAGGCUCCGGAGGCUACGGCCCGUAUCCCGCAUCGCCUACGAGGCCCCGUGGGCAGACCGUCAGCGGAGUUGUAGGCCGGUCGAGCAUGCCCGUUGGGGGAGGGAAUGCGCCGCAGCCUAGUCAGCCCGGCAGCGCGGGUAUGUCGCCGUAUGGCUCCCAAACCCACAUGCAUGGGCCGCCGGCACCACAGGAGUCGAGUCCAGGGCUGUACUUUCAUCAUUGGCAACCACCUGCGACGCAAUCGGGGAGCGGAAGCUCCAACAGACCGGGAACUCCGUCCGGUGCGUCCAAAACCAAGAGAAAGCGAGAAUCGCUGUAA